UGGAGGUUGCAGCAAAACAGAAACAUUGAUCCCUUGGGCUGUUUUUCGACUCAAACAUGACUGUGUUGGCUGCAUAUUCUUUGACUUCAAUUCCAUCAUCUCCUCUACCUCUCCGCCCCAACUCCAACUUAUCAUCCUCUGUCUUCCAUGGAAGAAGGGUGCAGUGUUCGCGCAGGUGCGACCUCUUCGAUCUGCAUCAGGAUCUGAUCCCUUAUGACGUGGCAUGGUCUUGGCAAAAAGACUUGGUCAGGGAAAAGAAAUCACAGAUUGAAAACGAAGGAGAUUGCACAGACACCCUCAUUAUUCUGCAACACCCUUCUGUUUACACAUUGGGUACUGCUAGCACUCACAAAAAUCUCAACUUUGACAUCAAAUAUCCACCCUUUCCUAUUUAUCGCACUGAACGCGGCGGAGAAGUCACAUUCCACGGCCCUGGCCAGCUAGUUAUGUACCCCAUCAUGAACCUCCGAAGAUACAAGAUGGAUCUUCAUUGGUACCUCAGGACCCUUGAGGAGGUUGUUAUUCGUGCUCUUUCUUCAACGUUUUCAAUUCAGGCUUCUCGGCUCGAAGGUUUAACUGGUGUUUGGGUCGGAAACCAGAAAGUGGCAGCUUUAGGUAUACGAGUGGCUCACUGGAUUACCUAUCAUGGCUUAGCACUUAAUGUAACAACGGAUUUGACUCCUUUCAAAUGGAUCAUCCCAUGUGGAAUACGUGACCGUCGAGUGGGGAGCAUUACGGGGUUGCUGAGAGAAGCUCAGUCAUGUAGUGCUCAUGGAACAGCUGAUUUGCAUAAUUUGGAUGAUGACAGUCUUCUUCACAUAACUCACAUGUCCUUGAUUGAAGAGUUCGCGCGAGCAUUUCAGAUCGAGUACCAUCAUAAAACUAUUUCCGUACCCAUUUUGUGUGAAAGGAAAGGAAGCUGUCUUACCAAAGAAGCACAGCAACAUUGAAUUUGUUUGAUGCACAUAAUAGUCCUUUGAUUAUUAUUAUUAUUAUUAUUUUUGGCAUAUUAUGGGCAGUUUUAAACAUAAUCAUUCUUAGAAACACACUUGUUAAGUCUGUAUAAAUGCUCUAGGAUACCAAUUUGCAAAGAAUAGCUAGCAGAUAACAUUAUAAACAAAUUUUCUCCAGUCAUUUUAACAAACAAAAAAUAGC